GGUUCUCAGCAUUGUGGAGCCCAGCUGUCAGGAUACUCCCUUUUCCUGGACCCCAGAAGGCAGCUACACAUCUUCAUGUUGAACAUUGUGUUUGCCUUGUUCCUGACUGCAGUGUCACCUUGCUCUCCUGCAGUGGGGCCCAGCCCUGUGAGUGUUGCUGAAGAAAGACGCCUUCCAAGGUUGGAAUGGAGUACUCUGAUCCCUGCAUGGCUCCAACAUCGGCAGUUAGGGCUGCAGGCAAAAGGCAAACACUUUAUGCUGGAGGACUCCAUCUUCUGGAUCUUUGGAGGCUCCAUACACUAUUUCCGUGUGCCCAGGGAAUACUGGAGGGACCGCUUGCUCAAGAUGAAAGCCUGUGGCUUGAAUACUCUCACCACCUAUGUUCCAUGGAACCUCCAUGAGCCAGAAAGAGGCAAAUUCAACUUCUCUGGGAAUCUGGACCUGGAGGCCUUUGUCCUGAUGGCUGCAGAAAUUGGGCUGUGGGUGAUUUUGCGUCCAGGCCCCUACAUCUGCAGUGAGAUUGACCUCGGAGGCUUACCCAGCUGGCUACUCCAGGACUCUGGCAUGAAACUGAGAACGACUUACAAGGGCUUCACCCAGGCAGUGGACCUUUAUUUUGAUCACCUAAUGUCCAGGGUGGUGCCACUUCAGUAUAAGCAUGGAGGACCCAUCAUUGCUGUGCAAGUAGAAAAUGAAUAUGGUUCCUAUUACAGAGACCCUGCUUACAUGCCUUACAUCAAGAAGGCCUUAGAGGACCGUGGUAUCAUAGAACUGCUCUUGACGUCAGACAACAAAGAGGGCCUGAAGAAGGGAAUGGUCCAUGGAGUGCUGGCCGCCAUUAACGUACAGACACGACAGGAGCUGCAUUUACUAAACACCUUUCUUUUGAGUGUCCAGGGGAUUCAGCCUAAGAUGGUGAUGGAAUACUGGACAGGGUGGUUUGACUCAUGGGGAGACUCACACAAUAUCUUGGAUUCCUCUGAGGUCCUAGAAACAGUGUCUGCCAUCGUUGACGCUGGCUCGUCCUUCAACCUCUACAUGUUCCAUGGAGGCACCAAUUUUGGCUUCAUAAAUGGAGCCAUGCAUUUUCAUGAAUAUAAGUCUGAUGUCACCAGCUAUGACUAUGAUGCUGUGCUGACAGAAGCCGGAGAUUACACAGCCAAAUAUUCAAAGCUUCGAGAAUUCCUUGGCUCCCUCUCAGAUGCCCCUCUACCUCCCCCUCCUAAACCUCUUCCCAAGAUGACCUUUGAGCCAUUGAUGCCGUCUUUCUACGUAUCACUGUGGGAUGUCCUCAGUUUCAUAGGGGAGCCAAUUGAGUCUGAAAAACCCAUCAACAUGGAGAACCUUCCAGUAAAUGAUGGAAAUGGACAGGCCUUUGGGUACAUUCUGUAUGAGACCAUCAUUGCUUCAUCUGGCACCCUUAGAGGUCUUGUACGUGAUCGGGGGCAGGUAUUUUUGGACACAGUAUCCAUAGGAUUCAUGGACUAUAAAACAACAAAGAUUGUUAUCCCCUUGAUUCAGGGUUACACCUUACUGAGGAUCUUGGUGGAGAAUCGUGGGCGAGUCAACUACGGGAAUAAUAUUGAUGAUCAGCGCAAAGGCUUAAUUGGAAAUCUCUAUCUAAAUGAUUCUGCCCUGAAAAAAUUCAGAAUCUACAGCUUAGACAUGAAAAAGAACUUCUUUCAGAGGUUCAGCACUGACAAAUGGAAUAAUAUCCCUGAUGUACCAACAUUCCCUGCUUUCUUCUUCAGUGGCUUGAACAUUGACUCUUCCCCUUCUGACACAUUUCUGAAACUGGAGGGUUGGGAGAAGGGAGUUGUAUUUGUCAAUGGCCAAAACCUUGGACGUUACUGGAACAUUGGACCCCAGGAAACCCUCUACCUACCAGGUCCCUGGCUGUACAGAAAAUACAACCAGGUGGGCACACUUCCAACCUCCUUCUGUUUUCCUCAUAACUCCCUUCCCAUCCUUGCACCUGGCAUCAGAUUGCCUCCCUGGGAGCCUUUGGGAGAGGGCAGAAGUUUCAGUUAACCUAUUCCUUCCUAUUUCUUGGUGCAGAGUUGUUGUCCCUGUUCCUUUCAGCCUGGUUCCCAAACCCUUCCCUUCCAACCCUCCUGGUCCCCUUAUCUGGCUCCAGGACAAACCUCAUAGCCCAACCCUUCUUUUUCCUACAGAUCAUCAUUUUUGAGGAGGUGAUGGCAGGCCCUGUGAUACAGUUCACUGACACCCCUUACCUGGGCAGAAACCAGUACAUUCACUGAGUAGCAGCCCCUGGCACCUCCUGCCUGGUGAGCUGCUGCAUUCUCCACUGCCCUACAGGACAGUCUCUUUAGUAGCAACCUCAGGGAGCCCAGAGAUAGUUUAUUCCCUGCUUUCUGAAAUUCUAAUCCUGGGAGUACUGAAAAGAAAGGUGGAAUAGCACUGGGGUCCUUAGACCUGGACGGCUUCUCGGCCUGGUUCUGUGAAUGGCACCUUUCCUACUCCCUGCUUUUUCUGGGAGAGGCCCGAGGGAUGUCUCUGAGGGAUGGUCAUGUUUAAAAGUCAGAUCACCAAGUGAUAAAUACUCAGACCCUCAGAAAAGGAACUGGUGGUGGGAGGGCAUCGUCCCCUGCUCCAGUCAAAUUCCUGCUGCUUAGUCUGCUGGACGCAGGAAUGCUCUUCUAAUGUUCCCUGUGGAACGUGGUCACAUCCUGGAUGGCCCCAUUCUGUUCCUGAAAUCAUGGGUUUGUUGCUGUUAGUAGAGAAGGAAGAAGGGGCAUUUCACCUAAGUCAGCUUUAUUCUUUCUUUAUUGCCCUCUCUAAACUGCCACUGGGAUUCUGGAAGGAACUGUUUAAGAAAUAACAUUUUUUUCCCCCUUUCCAUGACAAAUUGAGCAUAAGAGAAAAGGAAAUACUCAGCCACCAAUUUUCCUGAAUUAGACAGCAUUUCCAGUUGUACUCGAUGGGAGAAGCAUUAGUUGAGGUGGAAAUGUAGAUCCCAGCAGAAACCACAGCCUGAAUCUGAACUUCCAAGGAGGGAAAGGAGAGAAGGUUCAGUUAAGUGGCAUAGGCUAGGUGACCCCCACACCGCAGGCCAUUUUGGGGUAGCCAUGAAACUUCCAGGCCUAGCCCAAGUCUUAUAUCCAACUUGGUAAGCUCUCUGCCACUGUAACUAACCAGUAGCAGGGGGAGACAACCUUCGUAGUUACCUCCAUGUCCAAAUUAGAGGUUCUUGUUUUAGAGAUUCUAGAAUUCAAUGGUUUGACUCAGGUUCACUCUUCUGGUUUGCAAUAAAGCAAUAGAUUUGAAUCAAGUUCUUUGCCAAUGUCUCUGGUCUCAUCUCUGCCACUCUAAGCCAGUGGAGGAGGCAGUCUGGGAUCAGGAACAUAGUUAGCCUCCUGGCCUUCAGGGAUCCAGACUCUGACCAUACCCAACUGUUAGUUGAGCCACACCCCUGUCUGCUUACUGCCUUAACCUUGAUUCUGCUUGAAAUGUGGCUGGAUUGGAAGUGCCCCUCAAGAGGAGAGGUCAAGUACAAAUCCAUUCUCGUGCUGGUGGGCAGGGAUAAGAAUCUGCCAGAUGGCCAAGAGUGUUGCAUAUGAAUUAACUGAGAGGUAGGGAGGGGCAGGGCAAUUUUUCUUCAUAAACCACAUUUGGCAUGUACAAUACCAAACUAAUUAUCUUCACUAAUAGAAAGUCAACUAGCACAAAACUUCUGAGCACAGCACCCACACAGGAGUCCAGUAAAAAUGGUUAUGACUGAUCCACAAGGUCUGCACUGAUGGGCACUGCUGGUGGUAUGCAACCAUGGAGCCAAGAGCCCAGCAGGAUCAGUGGCAGUCAGUAUGGUCCACAUGUCCCACUCAGAGGAGAGAGGUGGAGUUUAUUAACAUGGAGGUCACAGACAGUGACUGGAGAGCAAGACAGGAGCAGAGUCUUUAAUUUUGUCUAAGCUCACCAGUUCCUUAUGUGAUGCCUUGAAAUAGCAAGCUUUGAAGUAAGAUGUGUACAAACUCAGGGCUACUUGGGUAUGGCCAGAGGCAUGGGGCAAUGUCACAGUGUCACUUUAUCUUAUAUUACAUAAGAGUGGAUUUCUGCAAAGUUUGACACUGUUGGAAUUGUGACAACAGAUUGAAAUUAAGGAACUCUUAAAGAAAACUCUUGGAAAGUGAAGAAUUCCCUGAAUUAACACUUUUAUGCACACCUAUGCAUUAGCCUUUUCUUAAAAAGAACUCUUGCUGUAGUAACUUCAUAUUCUUGACUUUAUCUGUUUCCCUAUCAAAGCACCUCCAGAAUUGACUAAAAGUUUUUCCAGAUCUCUUUAUGGACUCUUCUCAUUCUUUUUGGAAGACCUAAUCUCUUACCCCAGCCUAAAUGCCAGGACUCAACUCAUUGGACUCCAUCUCUCUUCCAUCCACAUUCACUGCAUGGGGUCUCAACCUGUGAGACCUAUGUCAUCAUAAACAACCUCGACACCAGUAGCCCCAAAUGUCCAUCCAUGCCCACAGUCCAGGUACAUAGGCAACUGUCCUCUCACUGUCCCCUGCCUAUGUCCAAAAAGCAUCUGCAACAGAAUUCUGAUUUGCCCCAGGUGGCCCUUCCUACAUUCUUUCUUAUAUCAAGAAAUGGCAAUUCUAUUCCAUGGCUCAGAUUAUUUUUGGCUCCUAUUUAUAUCACACAUCCAAUCCCUCAGCAAAUACUGUUGGCUCUGCAUCCUAAAACAAAUUCAGAAUUUAGUCACUUCUCUCUGCCCCAAAGCUUGCACCCUUAUCCAACCCACCAUUAUCUCAUACCUGAAUUGUUGCAGAAGCUACCUCCCCGGCCAGCUCCUGCCUUCUCCAUUUGUCAUCAACCCAGAAAGCAGAAUGGUUCUAAAAGAAGUUUGGUUAGAUCAUGUAGGUUCUCUGCUCCAAACCCUCCAAUGCCUUCUUGUUUCACUCGGUAGAAACUGAAAGCUUUGUGCUGAAUCUUGAAGCUAACAUGUUCUGGGCAUCCUCCUCACAUGCCUGUCACACCUAUUCUACCCACUUCCCUUGCCUUGUCUGUUGCAACCACAUGAUAUGCUUAGCUAUGAACAUGUUUGUCCUCAUGUUCAUAGCUAAGCACUCGCCCUCCUAGGGAGAGUUCUUUCUUCUUAGAAUGCUGCAUGUUGGGGUAUUACUGCUUUACUCAAAAAUUGCCUUAUCAGGAACAAAUUAUAUUCGAUGCAUGUCAAAAUAGUUAUUAUGUAUAACUGUAGUUAUUAUGUAUAACUAUAAAAUGCACUAAUAAAAACAGUUAUAAAUAAAUAAAUAGGGAAAAAAAAAAGUGCGCCUUUUCACAGAGACCUUUUUGACUGCCCUAUAAAGAACCCAAGCCUUUCUUCCUGCUAUUCUCAAUCUCCCCCAAUUGGCUUUGUUCUUCUCCUUUGAGCCGAUUCCAUCUCUGAAAUGUGAUUCUUCUGCUGUGAUCCAUCUCCUCUCAGUAGAGGGUAAGCUCCAUGAAGAUAGGGGCCUUUUUUUCUUUUUCCACUGCCAUGCUCUGACAGGUAGCCACCUGAUAAA